CACGUGUCAAGUGUCAGAUUUCAUUUUUGAUCUUGUGGGUGUCAAGCGUGUCAAUCAUUUUAGUGCAUGGCUUCGGGUUUGGUUGUUUAUCAUUUUUCGUUCAAAUUUCUGGUUUAAUUAAAUUCAGUUUGCAUACUUUUGUGUUUGUCUGUCAACAGAGGACGUAGCGGCAAGUGUUUUACCGGAUUAAAACAAGGAUUACAGUUUACUUAGUUGGAGUAUAGAACCAAAACUUUGAUAAAAAAUGGCAAUAAAACGCAAUAAAAGCAGGGACGACACUGGAUUAAAAGGUCGAUCCGGUCUGGUUGUGAUAGCUGCUAUUUGCAUAAAUUGCACCAUUUUCGUUCUUAAGAUGAUUGUUUGGCGCAUCACUGACAGCCAUAGUAUGUUUGCCGAAAGUAUUCACUCCGUGGCCGACACAGCGAAUCAAAUAAUUCUGGCUUACGGGAUUCAUCGUUCCGUUAAGAAUCCAAAUCAAAAACAUCCGUACGGUUAUUCGAACAUGCAGUACAUAUCCUCAUUGAUAUCGGGUGUGGCUAUCUUUUGCGUUGGCACCGGUUUUUCGUUUUACCAUGGUAUCACUGGUUUGUUUCAAGAAGGCCAUCAGGAGGAUUAUAUGUGGGCAUACAUUGUGCUGGCUGGUUCAUUAAUAUUCGAAGCGAUCACUCUAUUGCUUGCCGUCAAGUCAAUAAGAGCGUCGGCCAAAGAGGCAGAUAUGUCUUUCCGUGAAUACGUGUUAAGUGGACAGGAUCCAUGUGUUAAUGUUGUGCUGUUCGAAGACACUGCUGCUGUGUUGGGUGCUGCCGUUGCUGCGGUAUGCAUAGGUCUCGCCGCUUAUUUCCAAACAUCAAAACCAGAUGCAGUUGGCUCGUUGUUAGUCGGUUGCAUGUUGGCUGCCGUCUCUUCACUCAUUAUUCAUUCCAGUGUUCCGGCGCUAGUCGGCCGUUCUAUUGAAUUCGAUCAAUUGAACAAAAUCAAUGCCGAGCUGGAAAACGACUCAAUUAUCAAGUCCAUUCACGAGGUUCGAGGUAUAGACAUGGGCAACAAUCAAGUGCGCUACAAGGCUGAGAUCGACAUCAAUGGACGCGAAUUAACGAAACUCUAUUUGGACGGUUUGAACAUGGACGAAAUGCUGGAGGAAGUGAAAGAAUUCAAAUCGUCUGGGGAGUUGAACGAAUUCAUGUUGGUCCAUGGCGAAAAAAUUGUCGAUUCUAUGGGUGAUGAAAUUGAUAGAUUGGAAACGAAACUAUCGUUGAAAUUCCCGAAAGUCCGGUAUAUUGAUCUCGAGUUGGAAUAAAAGUGAGGAAGUGAAACAGCACGGAAAAGACAUUUUCGGAAAUACGAUGGGACCUCAGUUUUAGAGAUGAUAUUUUUUUUAGUUUCUAUGUGAGACAUAGUCGAGUAAUUCUAGCAUCUACGUUUUAGGCACUAUACUAAAAACAAUGGUGUUCCGAUUCGAUCUUUGUCCCUAAACAGUUUUCUUAACAAAUUAACAAUUUAAAAGACUUCGUUUUAUAUCAAAAAAAAAAUUUUGUGUGCUGAACUGGUACAGAGAUAAAAUGGUUGCAUUCGUCAGUCCCUUUUCAAAUUCAAUUUCAAUCUGUGACCGUAAAAAACUGGAGAUUUGUACGCCAAUGUGAUAUGAUCUACGCUGCAUCUCAAAUAAUACUUUGGACCGUUUUUGAUUAAGAAUUUUUCAGUUCAGCACACAAUAUUUUCGAUGUAAAAUGUCGACUCAACGUUAAAAUUGAUCUGUUUUGGUUUCACAAAUUUUUGAUUUAUUUUUAUCAUUCGCUAAUUUCCACUGUAUUUUUCUAAUAUAAGGCGGUGCUCGCCUUGAAAUAACUGCACAAUUCAUUAAUUACUAGUGCAAUUUGGAUAACAAUAAGUCACUGGCUUUUGUGUGUGUUAACAAUUAAGAUAAUUCCAAGACGAGAGACUCAUUCAAUUUUUGUGUUCGUCACGAGAACAUAAACUUAAGCGAAACACAAAAUCCGACCAGUUAUUGAUAAGUAAUUUUCCAGCCUUGCUGAAAACUCAGGUUCUUUUUUCUUUAUGAAAGCAAUCGCAUUUUGAUUCUUAUUUAACUUAACUUUCCGGUGAUCUUUUUCCUUUAAUGAAGUGAUGAGGUCGUGUUGAUAAAUCACAAAUGAAUUUCAGGUACUUUGUUGGUUGUACUUAAAGAUUUGAUUUAUUUUUAUGUUUUUCCUUUGUAUACAGUUCUUUAGCAUUGUUUUCAUUACAAAAUAUUUACUUAAAAUAUCUAAACCGGCACUGCCAAUAAAAUCAAAUAUUUUUUUACAAAAAAAAAUAAAA